UCGAAGAAGAAAAAGAACACAAGAUCGGAUUACAAGAUGGCGGUCUGUGGACGUUAAGCACGGAGGCCGUUGGAGUUGUUGUGUUCUCUGUGAAUUUUACUGUGUGAUACCAGGCCUCCUGUUGAGUUGGUUCACGUCGUAAACGUAAUAUGCGUAUGAAAUAGCAACAAAUACAUUUUACCGCUACUGUGAACUUCACUUAGACGCGCAUGUUUUGUAACAUGCAGGUGGAAACAAAGUUAACAGGUCGAGGAAAACACUAGACGGGGUGAGCUGAUAGCUUGUUAGCAGCCAGCUAGCCUGCUAGCUCCGACUCGGUUAACCAUGUCGGACACUCGGCGGCGAGUGAAAGUGUAUACGCUGAAUGAAGACCGGCAGUGGGACGAUCGGGGCACCGGACAUGUUUCGUCUACAUUUGUUGAACGACUGAAGGGAAUAUCAUUAUUAGUUCGGGCCGAAUCGGACGGAUCACUACUAUUGGAGUCAAAGAUAAGCCCGAAUACUGCAUAUCAGAAACAACAGGACACACUGAUCGUCUGGUCAGAAGCAGAUAACUAUGACCUUGCCCUGAGUUUCCAGGAAAAGGCUGGCUGUGAUGAGAUCUGGGAGAAGAUCUGCCAGGUCCAAGGCAAGGACCCUGCUCUGGACAUCACCCAGGACCCGAUCGAUGAGUCCGAGGAGGAGCGCUUUGAGGAGAUUCAAGAGACGAGCCACCUGGUGGAGCUCCCUCCUUGCGAGCUCAGCCGACUGGAGGAAAUUGCAGACCUGGUUACCUCUGUGCUGUCUUCGCCCAUCCGUAGGGAAAAACUUGCCCUGGCCCUGAUGAGCGAGGGCUACAUCAAGAAACUUCUGGGUCUCUUCAGAGUAUGUGAGGACCUGGACAACAGGGAAGGCCUACAUCACCUCUAUGAGAUUGUCCGAGGUGUCUUGUUCCUUAAUAAAGCGGCCCUCUUUGAGGUGAUGUUCUCUGACGACUGUAUCAUGGAUGUGGUUGGUUGCCUUGAGUAUGACCCAGCACUGGUUCAGCCUAAACGACACAGAGAAUUCUUGACCAAGACAGCAAAGUUUAAGGAGGUGAUCCCAAUCACAGACUCCGAGCUGCGGCAGAAAAUCCACCAGACCUACCGUGUUCAGUACAUCCAGGACAUCAUCCUGCCCACGCCGUCAGUCUUUGAGGAGAACUUCCUGUCCACACUCACAUCCUUCAUCUUUUUCAACAAGGUGGAGAUUGUCAGUAUGUUGCAGGAGGAUGAGAAGUUUCUUACGGAGGUCUUUGCACAGCUCACAGACGAAGCCACAGAGGACAGUAAAAGGAGAGAGCUCGUGAACUUUGUCAAGGAGUUCUGUGCUUUUUCACAAACGUUGCAGCCACAAAACAGGGACGCUUUCUUCAAAACCCUGGCAAAUCUAGGCAUCUUACCUGCUCUUGAAAUAGUCAUGGGAAUGGAUGACCUGCAGGUGAGGGCCGCAGCUACCGACAUCUUCUCUUACCUGGUGGAAUUCAGCCCCUCCAUGGUCAGGGAGUUUGUCAUGCAAGAGCCACAGCAGACGGACGACGAUGUUCUGCUGAUAAAUGUUGUGAUCAAGCAGAUGAUCUGUGACUCUGACCCAGAGUUAGGAGGGGCUGUCCAGCUGAUGGGUCUGCUCAGGACACUCAUUGACCCCGAGAACAUGCUGGCGUCCACCAAUAAAACUGAGAAAACAGAGUUCCUGAGUUUCUUCUACAAGUACUGCAUGCAUGUCCUGACUGCUCCUCUGCUGGCCAACACAGCACAUGACAAGAGCUCAAAAGAUCUACAGGAAGGAUCCACAAAGAUCAACCCAGUCUGUCCAGACAACUUCCAGACAGCUCAGCUGCUGGCGCUGAUCCUGGAGCUUCUGACCUUUUGUGUGGAGCACCACACCUAUCACAUCAAGACCUACAUCAUGAACAAAGACCUGCUCAGGAGAGUGCUGGUGCUCAUGAACUCUAAGCACACCUUUCUUGCUCUUUGUGCCCUGCGUUUCAUGCGCAGAAUCAUCGGUCUGAAAGAUGAGUACUACAACCGCUACAUCAUCAAAGGGAACCUGUUUGAGCCUGUCAUUAAUGCCCUGCUGGACAACGGCACCCGAUACAACCUCCUCAACUCAGCCAUCAUAGAGCUCUUUGAGUUCAUUAAAGUGGAGGACAUAAAAUCUCUCAUCGCUCACAUUGUGGAUAACUUCUACAAAGCACUUGAAUCCAUUGAGUAUGUCCAGACUUUCAAGGGCCUGAAAGGUCGAUACGAGCAGGAAAAAGACCGGCAGAGUCAGAGACUGAACAGAUAUCGCAGAGAUGCGCGGUCGUUGGACGAGGACGAAGAGCUGUGGUUCAACGACGACGACGAUGACGACGACGGAGAGGCGGUGGAGAAGAGGAUGGAGGACGACUUCUCGGAUAGCUACGGCAAAUACAUGGAAGCCAAAAAAGGAGCUGCCAACGGAGCUAAUGGUGCCAACAACAAUGGAAAAGCCGCUGCGAUCCCACCUGCCUCACCGGCCGUCACUCCAAACAACAGCUCAACUUCGUCCGUCAAAACAGUUGCUCUUCCUGCCACACCAGUCGUCAAGACCGCUCUGGUUGGUUUGGUCGACUACCCCGACGAUGAGGAUGAAGAGGAAGAAGACGAGGAGGAAGAGCAGUCUCCAAGGAAGCGGCCCCGUUUGAGCUCAUAAGGCUACUAGUCCUCUGUUUGGUCGUGGUGGACGGACACGGAGUCCCUACCAUCCCCCCUCCUCUGGUCGUCUCAUUGGUCCUCGGCCUGCCUGUGCCACCUGUCAGUCUCACUGAGGAGACGGGCAAAGACGAGCUCCACCUCACUCAGUCCCUCCAGAUCGCUGCUCCUCUUUUCUCCCUCUGCGGAAGGAGACGGAGAGCUUCACCUUUUGGAAAGAAAGGCAGAUCAAUCCCCUCCUUCAGCCUGUUGUUUUUCUUUCCCUUCUACCUCCUCAAGGAGAUCCGCAAAUCUCCUCUCUCGCCCCUGAGGAGAACCUCACUGAUCCUUUGCAAACUCCUCCCUUCUCUCCUCGUUCUCCCUUCUUCCUGAACUACUUCCUCCUCCUCUUCCUCCUCACCCUCCAUCCUGCACACCAACCAGAGGCUGCGGUGGAAGUCCCAGUGCCAAGACGGUUCUCAGCUCUACCGUGUCGCUGUUGCAACGGUAGCAAGGAAGCCGCGGUACUCCAGCGGCCCAGAACCCCCCCUCCUCCACCCUCACACGUUCUCAUUCGAACUCUCCCCUCCAUCCAUCUCGAACCCGAACCAAUGAGCUCCAGAGACAGAGGAAGCCAGAACACAACCAGCCAGUGUACGAACUGUUCAGCAGGCCAGUCAGGCUAGCAGGACUAGCCGUCAUAGUUAUAGAAAGCUUGACUGGCUGAAGCCGUGUGUGUGUGCGUGUGCGCGCCGCCGCCGCCGCCCUGCCACAGAACUACUUACUUUUGUCGGGGAUAGAGGGAUCUAGGCAACAUAGAAAAAUUAAAACAAAAAAAAAAAAAUUUGAGAGGCAAGGGAGCUGACGAAUCGAACCAGAAUGAAAACUCAGCAGUAACGACGCUUAGAUCCAGAGGAGCAGGACUCGAAGCCUACAAAAGCCAUGGCGUCAGUUUGGUCGAGGCACACGCAAAACACAACACAGCGUCUCACACACAGGACUGCGUUAGUCAGGAAUCCUGUAUUUCAUGACUUUGUUAAAAAGUACUGUACAGAUGUUUUUGUUUUUUUUUUUUCUUCUCUCUUUUCUUUUCUUUUUAAUCAUUUGCCCCUGAUGUGAUUUUGAAAGGGGAGCGAGACACCUACCUGCCUGUGUAUUGUUUUUGUUGUUGUUGCACAAAAAGGUGGGGGUCACUGUUCACCCUUUCAGUCCAGCUCAUUUGAUUCAAUGUAAAAUGCAGAGAAGUCGCAGAUGCUGGUUUUAAAAAAAAUAACAUAUUAAAACUGCAGUAAAGUCAUUUUUGCAGCCAACAUUUGGAGGAUGUCUGGAGUUUUGUAUUUUAGUCGGAUUUAGCGGCCUCGUUAUCAUCAUCAUCGCCGUCAUCGUUUUGGCAAACCUGAGCUGCUGGGUGUGUUCAGAGUAGGACUAGCGCACACUUUGGGAGGUUUCAAGUCUCGACACCCUCCUCUCAGACAGAUCUCAGGUCCAGAGGCUGAUUUGCAUCAGAAACAAGAAAGAAGGAGCCCACCUUGUUUGUACACGGUAGCACUGUCAGCUGGUGGAAAAAUCCCAUUUCUUGCUAGGUGGCGACGGGUUUUAGGGAGUCGAGGUGCCCGGUUUGAAGGUCCAGGAUGUUCAGCACCAGUUGGUCCGCUUGAGAUCAACGUAGUCCCACAAUUUCUGGCUUAUUUCAAGUUUUCUUUGGCCUAUCCAUUAAAAACUCAAGUUGAAGGAAAACCUUUAUUAUUUUUUUUUUGUUACAGUUUUUAAUUGAAUGAAUGGAUGAGCUGUUUUUAUUAGUUACGAUAAAGAUGAUUUAACCCCGCAGUUGAUGCAGUGCAGGUUUUGAAUCAAAACACAACGUCAGAAGGCAAGCGGGGACGUUACAGUGUCGGGUUGGAACAUUUCUCAUGUUGUAUCUUCUCUCCUGGUCUCACCACAAGCACACUGACAGGCAGAUGAAGGGAAUCGAAACUUGCUAAAAAAAAGAAAAAUGCUAGAUCUAUCUUUCAGGGUAGGAGCACAAGUAAAAUUAUUGUUGCCAAUGUGCUUUUCAGGAGUUCAGCCGCACCCGAGCAGUGAAAUCUGUCUUUCCUCCUGUCUGUUAGCAUCACCCAACAAUAUGACUGUUUCUGCUCUCCCUUGAUGAAUUUGUACCAAGUGCAUUUACUACCACUAUCCAUUCUUAACAUUUGUAUGAAUUUAUUUGAUAAGUUUUGAAAUUAAAUGUGACCCUGACAUUGAA